AUUGUCAAGCAUCAGCAGGGUAGCAGCCAGCAGCGGCAGAUCCGCAACGCAGUGGUGAAUAUAUAGCGUGCGCGUGUGUGCGUGCCUCGUUUACCUUUUCUCGUUCGGCUGGCCUCCACUGCUGUUGCUGCACGGAGGGGAAAGAGAAAGAAGUAGAAAAAAAAAGAAGUGGAAUUCUCGUGAACUCUGGCGCGCGCGUGAGAAAGACAGAACGAGCAUUUCUCGCGCCGUGGCCUGACUUUUCCUUAUUGCCUUCCUCAUCGAACCGUUCAUACAGUAGCAGCAAACGAAAACUAAGGAGAGCCGCAACGUCGCUCGUCCUCAAUAUUACGCUUGGUUCAGCUCGUCAAGUUUCAAGGCGGAGAUAGUUAGCAAAGGCCCCACUCUUUAUAUCAACACGUUGAAAACGUAUGAGCGUUAGCUUAGUCAUGGCUUGGCUACACAAUUAAUGAAACAUCGAACCAGUGAAAAAUAAAAAAAUAAAGCAGGCAUUGUGCACAGUGUAGCAAUUACUUUAUUCGUUGGAGAGCUUUUGUUUCCUCGACAGAAUUCUCUAUAGCUUGAGUGUAUGGCUUUCGUUCCAUCAUUGUUAGUAUAAUUAUUAGUCUUCAAUAUUUAUGUUCAAUGCCUUUUUAUGUCAAAUGUACAGCGUAACAAUGUACAAAAACUCGAUGAAUAGUAGCUCCUUAUGCGAUUGAUUUUGGCGCCAAGGACUGUUCACCAUCGUGCUCAUAGGCUGCAUUAUUAGUAUUAACUCGUUAAAAAUUAUCUGACGCCUAAUAUCUAUACAUUCGAUGGUAGUACAUUGUAUCUCAAUUGGCGCCAAAAAUACGAGGUUCCGUCAGUCUUUCCAAGCUGAAAUCGAAUCGGCAUCAAAAUUGGAAAAUCAGUGAAUUUUUAUCAACGCAGUAGCAGCAAUAUUUCAAUCAGUCUAGUUGAUAAUCAUCAAGAAUCACCAGGGAAAAUUUCGCUGACCACAGAUAAAUAUGGAGACUCUGGAGAAGAGUCGUAUGUGUCGAUUGUGUGGCAAACAGUCCGGCAUUUCUGUUGACAUUUUUGACAAGAAUGAAAGUCAUGUGCGGAAAAUCAACGCUAUCCUGCCCAUUUUGGUACAUGAAAUGGAUUUACUACCGAAACAAAUGUGCCACCGUUGCAGUUACAAAUUGGAAGAAUUUUUCAAUUUUUAUGUAGAAUGUGCCAAAACGGACAGGGAAUUAAAAAGUCAACUAUCUUGGAUGAGUAAAGAAGAUGUUGAGGAAAAUAAUUCUAUCCCUAUGGUAAAAAUGAAUAAAUUCAAAAUUAAGACUGAGCCUUUAGAUAAUGAUUCUACUGGUUCUCAAAAUGCUUGUGGUAAAUUUGGUGGAAGUUCAGUUAUUUUUCCUGCAAGUAUUCUUCAAUAUGAAUCUAAUUCUAAUUUAACAUUGCCUUGUGCACAAUGCAAAUGUAUGUGCGAUAAUAAGAGUAUCAAAAUAAAUAAAACGUCUCUAAAAUCGAUAAAAUUCCAUUCAAAUUCAGUGUCUGAAAAUAAAGCUCAUAAUUUUCAAAUAAUUGGAAAUGAACCAUGUGUCUUAAUCGAACCUAUGUGUGUAAAUCAUAAAGUUAAUUUAAUGAAAGAUAGUAAAUCCAAUCAAAUAAAUUCUUUGCAAAAAACUACAAACAAUGAUAGUGAAGCUUUUGUUACACUGGAUAUUGAUGAUGAUGUUUUAAAAUCAGAAAAAUUAAAUCGAGCUUUGAGACCAAGAAAAGGUUCAAUAGAUUACAUUGGACCAAAAAAGAAAGUCACAACAACCAAUUUGAAAAACAAUAUAAAAAAUAAACUAGAUGAUAUUGAUUUAUCAUUGGUAAAGCCUGCAAAUAUCCGAAUAACACCAGGUAAUGCAAAUCAUCCCAGUCCAAUUAUAAAACUUGAAAAAGUUGAUGAUGCAGUAAAAUCUUUAAGAACUCAACAAAAUCUAAAACUAUUUUAUAAAAGAGUUAAAGAACUACAGCUCAAAAAGAAGAACUUAUAUAAAAAAGAAAAUCAACAUGGAAAAAGCUUUUGGGCCGAAGCAAGUCAAAAUAAAAAAAAUGAAAAGCUUAAAGAAACCUCAAAUAGCCCACUUUCAAAAAAAUCACAAAAAGGAGAAAAUAGCCCUAAGAAAAAUGUCAAAACAGAUAAAUGUGAUAAAUAUAAUUUGCAAUCUGAUGUUAAUUUAAAUGAAGAAUGUUUAACUAGUAGUAAUAUACAAUUUUCAAAUAAUGAGUUGAGUAUUGUAGAGACAAAAAUAAAACAGGAAGAAAUAAAUACAGUUAAAAAUGAUGAAUCCUCAGUACAUUCAGUGCAAGAAAAUACAUUGCAAUCAAAUGAUAGGUUCCCUUUCUGUUCAGUUAUUAAAUUAGAAAAUGACUAUUCAUGUAAUGUGGAUUAUCCAAAAAUUCAAAUUAAACAGCAUAUAACUACUACAAAUUCUGUAAAUUCUCAAGACAGCAGGUCAAAUAAUUCUGCAAAACAAAAAAAAGAUCGUUCGAAACAUGCUACAAACAAGAAAUUAACAGUCAGAGAUAAUACUUUUUUGAAAAAUUUAAGAAGUAAACAAAGAAAGAUGAAAAUAAAGAAUAACCAUCACAAAACAAGAUCAUGGAAAAAGAAAAAUAGUAGGCAGUUGAAUUUGAAUAGCAAACGAACAGUCUUUAAUAAAGAACUGUCAAUGAUUUUAUCUCAAAGUGAAUUGAAAUGUUAUUGUGAACAAUGCAAUACAAGUUUUGGAAACAAAGAACUAUAUAAAUUACAUCCAUGUUAUCAAAAUUAAAUUUUUCAUUAUUAACUGCUCUGAAGUGAAUUUGGACUAAUUUGAUUCAUUUUUUCUGUUCCAAUAAUUUUAGACUUCAUAGAAAAUUUAUGCUUAAUUAGUUUUAAUUAUAAUUUUAGAGUGUGGGGAGUACCCUUUAUAUUUAUUACAGGCACUUUAAACUUUUGUUUUUAAUAAAUAUUUGUAUCAUUAAUAAAUGCUACAAGUAUUGAUAAAAAAUAAUUGGUUCUUUCAAUAAGGUCAAAGAUUAUUGAUCAAAGAUAUUCAUCAAUCAAUUAUUUUAAUUUGUAAUAUUUAAAAAUUUUAUGAAUAUUGCAUAAAAAUUUUGAACUAGUUAAGCUAACUAGUUUGAAACAAAGCAAUUUAAAUUGUGAAAACAGAGUUAAGUUGUUUUUAUAAGAAAAGUAAACAUUGUUUUAUUUUUUUAACACUGUUUUAUUGUGGAAAGGAAUAAAAAAG